UUACUGGGGACACUGACCACGAACAUCGGACUUGCACGUGUGAAUGAAACAGAUAUGAUCAAAGUGUCCCGCGCAAACCGCGCAUGCGUCACACUUACCUGAGACAUCGUUAACAAAGACAAUAGUUACGGCCGGGGGAGCAACAGUAAAUUAUAUUUCGCUAUCAGCUGGCGAUCGGAGCGUGACGAAAGUUCGGCGACGACGGCACGCGGGUGAAUCCCCCCGCCCAUUGUUGACUCCCACUAACUGCCCCUAUUCACAAGUAGCAGACGUAUGUGUUUGGUCGUGUCAGGUGACCGUGGUCUAGGGGGCUAGGGAAGACGGUACAUAAAACGGUAGCGACUACCACAGGUGUCUUCAGUCGUAAACUGGAAGCGAGAGCGAAAGGAAUAUUAACAGUCUCUCUUCUCCUUAACAUACUUAUCCAACGGUGACAACGGUCCAAGUGUCAGUUGCUAGCGCAAAGCCACAACAAGCAGAGGGGAAUUUCACCUCACGUUGACGUUGAUAGUCGGAGCGUUUUUAAAGGCGAAAAACAGUGACAGUAUUCUAACAGUAGCAGUAACCAUGCCCAGAGCGUUCCUGGUGAGAAAACAUGCGGCGCUGACCCCGGCGAUAGGGGAGGAGCCCCCAGAGAAGUGCUGCAAAACCAGCCAGGGUCCGCCAAGCCCAGAGAAAGCUUCCCACCACCCCCAAGAUAUCCCAGUGGCUGGUGCAGAUAUAGAGCAAUCACCUGAGCAGAUGGCGAGUCCGAAAGAAAGGUCAACGCCAGCAUCGACCGCACCACCAUCCGACGCCAACUCAGACACAAAACCUGCGAAAUCAAAACGCAUCUGGUCCCCAAUUACCCAGCCUUCCUCUCCAGCGAACGAGAGCAGGACCUCUCUACCAGAAGUUCCCAUACCAGCCGCACACUGCAGACCGAUAUUGCCAUAUGACAAGAGCGGUAACUUGUUGAACAUGGUAGCACCUCCUUCGCCUUACUACGCGCCAUACUUCCAAUACCCUAUCAUGCCCCUGGACUACUCAAUCCCCAAGAAACCUGUCAAUCACCCAACAAGCAGUGGCGUGGGCGUGGGCGUGACCAGCCCGGAAAUGACACAACCAGCGGCAGCACCCAUGCCCAAGUUCCAAAUGACCAUGUCUCCGUUCAUGACGCCAUAUUUCAAGCCUCCUGAAAUGUUCAUGCCAAGACUGUCCCCAGCCUUGCCCCAAGCACCUCCUGUCAUGUUUCACGGUCUUCCUAAGCCUGUCCCGGUGCACGUACUUCCUCAAUCGUCCUCAAAGUUUGAGUUGAUAAAUGGUGGAUACGGCGUGAAGAACCCGCUGUUGACGCAGGCACAAAGUGAAAUAGUUAACCAAGAAUUAGGCAAACUAGGCGCACAGACAGAAGACAACAAGUUCGUCUGCCGUGUUUGUCAGAAAGUGUUCCCAUUACAACGCCUCCUGAACCGCCAUCUUAAGUGCCACAGUGACAUCAAGCGGUACCUUUGUACGUUUUGUGGAAAAGGGUUUAACGACACUUUCGAUCUGAAACGACACACACGAACGCAUACGGGUGUUCGCCCUUACAAGUGCAGCCACUGUGACAAAGCUUUUACACAGAGAUGUUCGCUGGAGUCCCACUGCAGGAAAGUGCACGGUGUCUCGUUUGACUUUGGCUACAAGGAAAGGAGAGACAAAAUGUACGUUUGCGAAGACUGUGGCCAUACGACAAGGAACCCAGAGAAGCAUUAUAUGCAUUUGAAGGAAAACCAUCCGCACAGCCCCGCCCUGCUCAAAUGUUACGAUAAGAGGCAAUUCAAAUUUCAAAGUGACAAAAUCCCUACACUCGUGGAGUAAGAUGAUAGACACUUCAGGAUAAAGUGCUGCUCUUAAAAAAGUCCUGUAUAUCAUUCAAGGCGACUUGGUCAAAGAAACACUAUUCUAUGUGAUGUCAGAUCGUUCCCACAAUGCAUGGACAUAAUGGCGACACGUUCACAGGAAAUUGUACACGCAGGCUAAGCCUGACUAUAAUUCACUAAUGUAUUUUGUAUAUAUUUUUAUUUAUUGUGUAAUUCACUUAUUUGUAAAAUAUCUCAUCAAUGCCAUAAAGACCGCGUGUGUUUCCCAGCAUUUGCAAUAGGUAGCUCUUAGACAUAUACCUUUUUUGUAGCACUGGACCGGCAAUAAGUGCAAUAAUUUAGCAGACGAUUUUCCCAACCGUGUUAAUACCCGGGUGUAGAUGCGUCCGUAGUUUGUCUACUGUUUAGAUAAUGUAGUCUAACAAAAUAUUUCACUUAAUAACCAGAAACCCCUUUAGAUGAGAUCUAGAUGUAAACUAAAAACAACAAACUUUGUCUGGAUAACGACCCUGACUCAUUGGUGCUUCUCUCUUAUCUCUUCAAUUAGGCUUUAAUUUACUUAUUUAAUCUCUGACACAUGGUGCUUAUGUGGUAUAGGUAGGCAAACAUUAGAUAAAUAUGCAAUUUCUAUAGAAUACCCUUCCAAAAUGAGAAAUAUAUAAAAAGUUAGAUUUCAAUAUUUGUGAAAACGGUAAUAUUGAUUGACUAGUAUUGAUAGAAUCAUAGAAGAGUAGACUAGACACAAUUUCUAACAAUAGGCGCUUCACUUAAAAAGUGUUACACUAUGUUUUUCUACUAAGUUGGCUUCUCCGGCCAUUGUGCAAUAUUUGAGAAAUAGUGAAAUAUAUAAUGUUAUCGGUCACUUCAAUGCAAAACAUGUCAAAAUAUGUAAUAUAUAUAUAUAUAUUGUAGUAAUAGUAGUAUUUAUAAAAUGUAAUACCAGAAUGUUUCCCAGUCACAACUUAAGUUGAAUGUCAAACCUGUAUAUAAAUGUAGUAAUAGUACGAUUGAAAACAAUUACCAAGCUUAUCCUCUCAUUGAAAAUAGUUAUUAUCACAGAUACCUGCUGGUGGUUAGAAGAAAUGCCUUACUGAUUUAUUCGAUCACAGCUUAUCGACAAAGCUCUUUAUGGCUAGGUUUAGUUUUCAAAACGAUAAUUAUUUUUUCGAUGACACAGAAUAAUUUAGAAACAUUACAUUGCUUAUAACCUGGCGAACUUGUAUUAAUAUACACAAAGAUUACACAAUCUCACCAACAGCACAGAUUGAUAUAUAUAUAAGGGUUAUCUCCAAUUUGCCAAACUUGAGAUAGAUGCAUUAAAUAUUCGAGCUUCCCAUGAAUAGAAUAGAUGACGUGGGUUGGACAAGAUGGCUUCAGUUACUACACAUCGGCCGGACGGUGCAAUAAUACAAGGCUUGUAGAAUGCUGUAGAGCUAUACCCCUCUGCAAUAAAUUUUUCUGAAACAUA